AAUGGAAAAUGUGAACUCGUGGAGCGUCAGCUUUGGCCUCAACGGUCUCGUUCUGAUUACAUUUUGAGAAAGUAGUUCGGCACAAUAUUAAAGUCCAAAGGAUGACAAACGAAAAAUGUGCUGUUUGUGGAGUUCCGGCAGGACAGCGUUGCGCAGGAUGCCAACAGGUGACCUACUGUGGGCGAGAUCAUCAACGGCAGCACUGGAAGGAUGCCCAUCGAAAUGAGUGCCGAUGUUAUAAGGUAAUCCAUAAUCCUGUUUUGGGCCGCCAUUUGGUUGCAACGCGAGCUAUCCGCAAAGGUGAAACAAUCUAUCGCGACGAGCCAUUGGUAUUGGGACCGAAAAUGGCCAGCUCACCGAUGUGCCUGGGUUGCAAUCGAAACCUGGCGCCCCGUGUGGUCAGCGAUGCUCGAAAAGAAUUUUACUGUUGUAGACGAUGCCGCUGGCCGCUUUGCGGCCCUAGCUGUGAAGCAGCACCGAACCAUACUGAGGAAUGCCGGCUAUUGUCGUCAAGCAGUUACAGACCACAAAUCACCUUCCACGAUGAUGAUCCACACAGAAAGGAAUCCGCUUACUGUGUGAUUGUCCCUCUGCGAGCGAUUCUCCUCAAAAGAAAGGAUUCAAAGCGGUACACGAAAUUAUUAACGCUGCAGUCGCAUAUUGAGUCCCGCAUCGACACUCCCCUUUAUGGUGUUCUCAAACACAAUCUGGUUCCAUUCAUCCGCAAUAUCCUCGGUAUGCAGGAGAUCAGCGAAACGGAAAUACUGCAUAUAGCAGGAAUAAUGGACACCAACAGCUAUGAAAUACGAGCCCCGGAAAAGGAUAUCAAAAUAAGAGCGCUUUACGAGCUUGGAGCAAUGAUGUCGCACAACUGCAGACCGAAUACCAAACACUAUUUUGACCAGAAGCUUAAAUUGGUCCUGGUGGCGACAGUUGACAUUCCAAAGGACGAAGUGAUAUCCAUUUCUUACACCCAACCACUCCAGGCAACGAUCCAACGUCGGUACGCCAUAAAACAGGCAAAGUGUUUUGAGUGCUGCUGCGACCGCUGUAAGGAUCCAACUGAAUUCCAAACAUACACCGGAGCCAUUAUUUGUCCUAAUUGUGCGAAAGCCAAGGUCGUUGCCGUCGACCCGCUGAGUUUCCGAAGCAACUGGCAGUGUGAGGAUAAAAAAUGUUCCUAUCGCGAAACAGCUCAGGAGAAUGUGGCGCGGAACGAAACUUUUCGAGCGACAAUUUUGGGCCUACCGAAAGAUUCGCCAGACGGUUACGAACGCUUCCUGGAAGCGAACGGCGCUGUGUUACACCCAUGGAACACCAAUAUGCUGCAGGUGAAAUACGCCCUCGUUCAGCUGUACGGCAGCAAGUUGAAGGGCUUCUCCGUGUGUGACCUCACCGAGUCCCAACUCUGGCGGAAAGUUAAUUUGUGCAUCGAACUUUUGAAGGUGGCCGACUGGCUCGAGCCUGGAUUGAGCACUUUUCGGGCCAAACUAUUGAUACAACUACGUGACGUAUUGCUAGUUUUGAGGGAACAAAUCGGAUUACAGUUUGAUUCCACAGAAGUUUGCCCUUUGUCUGCUGGACGGGACGCUCGUACCAGUAAAUGCCAGACCAAGGGAGAAAAAAACUCUCCUAAGAACCUCCCCCCACCCGGACAAACCCUGAAGCAAUUGCUGGAGAGUUCACAGCGUGAAAUUGAUGAAAUGAUCAAAUCGGACCCAACGCUUAAGCGAGAAUAACAACCGAAAGACGCAACACAACUCAACCUGAUGUCCCCUGUAAUAAAAACAACCAACAACGGCCUUCGAGGAUACUUUGAUUGGGAAACGAAUUCGUUUGUGCUUCUCACUAGGACUAGGCACCGAAAUAAGUUUUCCGGUUUCUCAUUACUCGAACUUGGAAAGAAAGCUCAAUAGAAGUGCGGAAUACGAGAUGGGCGGAGGUUGAAAAAAGAGAGCAGAAUAAAGUUCGUUCAAACUUUAACUGUGGAGCGCUGACCUGGGGGAACAUCAAAUCGGGAUGAAUGUACAGAUAAACUUGGUUAGGGGGUUAACAAGUAGGCAUGACAACGAGAUUUAAUCAGUUUGAUUAAACGGAAUGCAAACGGAAUGAAUAAAUGCGUGAA